AUGAGGAGAGAGUACGAAGACGACGCUCGCUCGCGGGCCAGCACAAUGAGCACACUGAACGGUGAUGAUCUGGAUUUCGGGUUCCCGGAGAAGACGCCUACAAACAAGACUUUCAGUGCAGAUCGGUCGAUACCGCCUACGGCCGCCCCAGCUGCAAGAAAGGCAAUGGGCCCUCUUGAGUCGCAACUCGCAGCGCUCAUGGACAAGGUUUCGCAGAUCGAGAAAAAGAACCCGGUUGCGUCUGUCACCCCCGACGACUACGCUGCCAUGAAGGCCCGUCUCGAAACCCUUGAAGCAGAGAAGCGCACCUGGCAAAAGCGCCACGAAGCCAUCUGGGCCCUCCGCGACGAAGAUGUCGCCAACAACAUCAAGAUCCGCGGCGUGCUCGCCAAGACCCGUCGCGAGCUGGAGGCCAUGACCAAGCUCCGCGACGAAGACCUCGUCAACGUUCAAGCCGUCCGGAUCAAGCUGGCCGAAGCCACCAAGCAGGUCGAUCGCCUAAAGUCACAAGGCCCCGCCGCCAGCGGACGCACAAGCCCGAUGCGCGGCGGCAGACCCCCCAGCAUGAUGCUCGAGCGCCGUGAUACGACCGACCUCUUCGCCGCCGCCAAAGCCGCCGCCCUCGAACAGCGCGCCCUCGAGAUGGAGAAGCGCAACACUGAUCUCCUCCACCAGAUCGAGACGCUCAAGGGCGGCGCCAACAUCGACGACCUAAACCGCAUGACCGCACACGAGGCAUGGAAGAGUGAAGUGGCGACCAUCUCCGCCAAGCUCAAGGCCAAGGAUGCAGAGAUCGCAGAGCUGCGCGCGGCAAAGAGUAUGGCCGCGCCGGCCCCUUCUGGCGGGACCUCAGCGGCCGCGGGGGCUGUCGCGUGGCACCGCGUCGAGGCGAUACACGAGGAGCACGCGAACUACCGCGAGCGUAUGGGCGGGAAGCUCGCGGUGCUGCGGGCGGAGAAGGAGGGCCUGCAGAAGGAGUUACACCGCAAAGAGGACGAGUGCCACGAGCUCGAGGUCAGGGUGCAGAGCUUGCAGCGGAGAAUGGGCGCUUAG